AUGUCGUCUGGCAAUGUACUCGAUCAAACAUCAACAACAAAUUCUGGUACAUCUUCAACUUCAUCAAAUAAUUUAACUAAUAACAAUAAUACAAAUUCAAACAAUAAUAAUGCAGCUAAUAAUAAUGGUACAUCUUUUCAACCUGUACGUAAUAAUUCUGAUAAUAUGGGACAUACAUUUGAAAAUUCUAUGCAAAUGUUUGCUAUGAAACAACAACCAAUGGCAUCACCAAUUACAGGAACAAUAUAUACAGGUCCACCAGCAAAAUAUUUAAGUAAUGGUAGUAUGAAUAGCAAUGGUUAUGCAACAGGUGGACCUAUGAGACCAAUGUUACCACCACAACAACAGAAUAGAUAUGGUUCAUAUAAUGGAAAUAAUAAUAAUAAUUAUAAUAGUGGACCAUCAAUGCAACAACAACAACGUCGACAAAAUAAUACUGGCGUUGAUAAUGCAACAAAUGAUUCAGUCAAUACAAGAAAAGUAUUUGUUGGUGGUCUCAGUCCAGAUACAAAGAUGGAACAUCUUUGUGAAUAUUUUGCUAAAUUUGGCAAUGUAGAAAGUGCUACUGUUAAGUUUGAUAAAUCAGGUCGUUCAAAAGGUUUUGGUUUUGUUCUUUUUGAAGAUCGUGAUUCAACAGAUAAAGUUUAUUCCCAAGAUUUACAUGUAAUUCAGGGUAAACGUGUUGAUACAAAAUCGGCACAUCGUCGUGAUCAAGCACUUGCACGUAAAGUAUUUGUUGGUGGUUUAGAUACAGAAGUAACUGAUACUGAAUUACGUGAAUAUUUUUCAAAGUUUGGAAAAAUCGCUCAAAUUGAAGCACCAAUGGAUAAAGUUAAACAGAAACGACGUCCAUUUUGUUUUAUUCUUUUUGAAAAUGAACAAAGUGCUGAAGAAGUUCUUAAACAACCACGUCAUACAUUAGCUGGAAAAUCUAUUGAUUGUAAACGAGCUAAUCCAAAAACUACAGAAAAUAAUCAACAAAAUAAUAAUGCAAACAAUCCUAUGCAUGCACCAUUAACACAUUAUAAUAUGCCUGGAUUAAAUCAAAAUCCAUUUCAAUAUCAACAACAACAACGUUCACAACAACCACCAUCACAUCAACAAUUACAAUAUCCACAAGCAGCACUAGCUGCUCAACAACAACAUUAUCCAUUUUAUAAUUCAUCAUCACUUGGAAUUUCAUCAGCUCAACAACAUCAACAAGCUAGUCAACAAGGACAAAAUCGCUCGCAAACAAAUCGACAACAAUUACCGUCGAAUAGUCAAGGACUUGCUCAACCAUGGUCACCAAUGAGUCCAGCUCAAUGGCCAAACACAAAUUAUGCGGAUCCUCGUUCAUAUAGUUCUUAUGGUCCUUCAUCAGCAUCUGGAUCAAAUGCUACUUGGCAAGUUGCUCCUCCUCCACAAGGUAAUUCUUAUGGACAAGGUCGAACACCAUCAGCUGGUCCAUCAGGUAAUCCAGCAAAUGCAGCUGUAGGUCCACCACAAACUCAAGCACCAUUUGGUGGGGCUAAUUCCAAUACGGCUCAAUAUUCUUAUGCCGGUUGGAGUUUUAGUCAACCACAAGGUUCACAAGGUCCACCAUCAGCUGGACCACCACCAAAUCAAUAUAGUUAUGGAGCUGAUUCAACGAAUGGUCCACCAAGUGCAUUUGCAUAUCAAGCACCAACAGGUUAUGAUCAUUUCUCGUCCGAUUCGGCACCUCCAUCCAAUUACAGUCGUUGA